AUGAGGUUAAGCACUCUACUAUACGCUGCAGCGUUUCUGAACAGUAUUAUCAUCGCAGAGCCUAUUUCCCUGUUUUCCAAUUCGCAGCCAACUUCACAACCUCUAGAAUCCAUCGAACCAAUAGUUGUAGUGGGGAACAAAUUUUACGGAUCGGUCACCAAACAACAAUUCUUUAUUAAAGGUAUCGCAUAUCAAAAAUCAAGACAGGAAGGAGAAGUUUAUGACACAUCAAAGGAAACAAACUACAUUGACCCCUUAGCAAACCCUUUCACUUGUUUACGAGACUUGGAGCAUUUGAAAGAGUUGGGUGUAAAUGUUGUUCGGAUUUAUCAGAUUAAUCCUUUGGCAAACCACGAUGUUUGUAUGAAUGCAUUUGCCAAUGCUGGAAUCUAUAUCUUGGCAGACUUGUCUGAGCCUUACAACUCCAUUCGUCGCGAUUUCCCUCAUUGGGACACCGAGUUAUACUUUAGAUACAGACAAGUUAUUGACUCAAUGCAAAGGUAUACAAACGUUUUAGGCUUUUUUGCUGGAAACGAAGUUGCAAACUCACAGCUGAAUAUUGAUUCUGCGCCAUUUGUUAGAGCUGCAAUUCGUGAUUGCAAGAAAUACAUUGCAUCAAAGGGUUACAGAAAAAUCCCGGUUGGAUAUGCUUCAAAUGACGAUGCUACUAUUCGCGAGUGCUUGGCAAAUUAUUUUGUAUGCAAACUAGAAGAAGAUAAGAAAAACGGCGUCGACUCAAGAGCCGAUUUUUUUGCAAUCAAUGUAUACGAAUGGUGUGGAUAUUCCACAUAUACAACAUCAGGGUAUCGGGAAUUAACUUCAACGUUUAAGAAUUACCCGGCCCCGGUAUUCUUUAGUGAAUUUGGCUGUAAUAUCAUCACACCAAGACCCUUCACUGAAGUUGAAGCAAUAUAUGGUACAACAAUGAGAAAAAUUUGGUCUGGCGGUAUAGCAUAUGAAUAUUUUGAAGAAGUCAAUCACUAUGGAUUGGUUUUGAACAAGAACGACGGGUCCAUUUUGAAACUACCUGAUUUUGAGACUUUAAAAACUAGAUUCAAUUCGGUAAAUCCCGUGGGUGUUCCGAUUGACCAGGUUGAAAAAACCACAGAGAUUUCAUGUUUGAAAAGCAACAAUAUUUGGGAUGUCGCGUUUGACUUGCCUCAAACUCCAGAUGCUGGCAAAUGUGAUUGCUUAUGGCAAUCCUUAUCUUGUGCUAUUGCUGACAACGACAACUUUGACGAGGAGGCGACAUUAAAAGACUUGUGCUUCAAAGUAGACUGCGACGAAAUAAAUACAAACGGUAGGCUAGGAAAGUACGGUAAAUACAGCGACUGCAAUCCAAUCAUAAGAGCAUCAUUUGCGUUGAAUAAAUACUAUGAGCAAACUGGGAAAAGAAAAGAAAUUUGUACUUUCCAGAAUAGGGGCGACCUUGUGAAUGAUGGCUAUAUCGAUCUAAGUACGAAAUUUUCAAGUGAUGGAAAGAAUUGUCAAAGUUUGUUGAAUGAUAAACCUUUACCAGUUCCAGAAAAUAUUAAGGAACAAAACACGAUUGAACUAGAGACAAUGCAGUAUAGUACUUCCUCCACAUCAGUAUCCAUUUCGGGAGCAAAAUUACUUCUUGGACUGUGGACAAGGGUAUUACAAUUCCUAAUGUUUAUAAUUCCUCUUUAA